AUGACCAACAAGAACCCCAUCCGUCUGCCGCCUUUGCGCGUGCUGCGCGUCCGCCAGCCUAACCGCGCCGAGCCGAACCCGUGCCUGACCAUAAUGUCAUCCGUUUUGGCUUGCUGGGCGUCCGCUGGCUACCAAGGCCGGGGCUGCACGACGGUUGAGCAGGCCCUGCGCGCAUGCAUGGAUGCCCCGCCGGCGCCGGCCAAGGGCUCCAGAACCAUCAACUACCACCUCGCUCGUUUCUCGAAGAGGUUGAUCGCCCAGGGCAAGAAGAAAUAA